AUGCCCUUCGAGGGGGCGGUGAGGUCGCGUGUGGCUUCCUGGCUGGGGCCAUGGCUGCGGGAGCAACCGGACGCGGAGAUCAAGCUAGGGUUUGUGAGAUGUCAGGGGACUUGGAGAGACCUGGAGUUCGAUCCUUUGAAGCUCGACCCCUUAAUCGAGGGGUCUACGGGGCUCGCUUUCAAGCAGGUACGGGUGGCGGAGCUGAGCGUCCGGUUCAGCCCAUGGUCGAGGCCCAACCUGCGCGUUAGCGUCACAGGUUUCCAUGUGGUUCUGGUUCCUAGGUCUGUUUCUCGUCUCAUGUUGCUCCACAUCUUUAUGGUGAUGGACCGUUUCGGCCCGUCCUGUCAUUAUGAAAUUUGUUUCCUUUUUAUUUUUUUAUUUUUUUAUUUUUUAAAAGGGAAUUAACUGAAGAGAGCAGCCAUGUAGUGAGAUAUUCAAAUGCAGAAUCAGAAGAUAUUACGGUGGAUUCAGUUGAUCAAGAGGUAUGAGGAACAUUUCCUUUUUUGUCUCUAGUAAAGUGAAAGUCAAAGUGAAAUGACAUAAUUUUUCCGUUUUCCUGAUCAAUCAAGGACGCUUUCUUGCGUCAAGUCCUUGAAAACGCUCUCAUGGCGGCUCCCUCUGGCAGCUGGCUGAAGACUUCCUUAACUGAAGGCUUACUACAGCGUUGCCAGUUUCAGUUCUAUGAUACAUGUUUCCAAGUUCAAUUCACUGGAGAAAGUAAACUAUGUAUGCUGAGAUCAAGGGAAAUUUCUCUGGAACCUCGUCUUCUCAAUGAGACUAGUGUGCACAAAGGAACUGCUACAAUGUUCUUUACGUCAAAGAAGGAGAGUUUGUCCUUGUCAUGGAAGUGCACUUCUCUAGAGUUUGGAUUAAAGGAGAAUGGCCUUGUAAAAAUCUUGGUGUCUUCAAGGGAUCCAUCCGUUUCUAUUAUUCUAAGAAAACUAAAAACUAUGAGAUUUGACAUCAAUUUUCCGUCAAUAGUUUCUGGAUUUUCUCCCUUGGAUAUGCCAAUUUUUUUUCUAGUGUUGAAUUUGUUCUCAGGACAGACUAAGUACAGUAGGAAAGGCAAGGAAUUAUGGAGGAUAGCUGCACAAAGGAUUUCUGAACUGAGUAACCAUCCAAGGGUUUCAUGGCGUAAGGUGAUUGGCAUGGUCCUGCUAUGGUCGACAUAUGUUCGUGCUUAUGAAUUUUUUCUGUUACUGGUUGGGUAUCCUGAUGAAAAUGCGCUCAAGCAUUCUGUCAUGAGGGUGUGCUGUGACUUAGAGUUUGCAAGCAGUGUUCAACGCCAGUUGAAGGCAGUUGACGAACUGGAAAAGCAAUUGCCAGUUGAAGCAGUUGGUCGAGCACGGUGGAUAGCUCGUAAGAGAGCACGACUAUGUCCAGGGAGUAGUCUUUCUAGAUCAGCUGGUCUAUACACUGCAUUGAAAGGGAAAAUAUUUAUUUUAUCUAUUUUUAUUUGGAAAUUUAUUUACUUUUUACUUCGGUCAGUGGCAAUUAUCGUGCUCAUCUUUCUGAAUAUUUUCAAGCCACGUCAAAGAAUUCAUAGCAUGUCUUCAUCUCCUCCUGUGUCUUGUUUCAGAUCAUCUGAUUCAGACAAAUGUGUAUAUCUAACUAUAGGGGAGUUUUCUUUUAGUAUACAUCCAACAGCGGUUGCCUGUGUAACCUCAACUGACAGCACAAAUCUGGGCAGAGAUACUUCUCCAUUGAGCAUGCCUUCAAUUUGUCUAGUUUUGAAGUCUUUUUUCUUCAGUCAUGUCAGGGACGGAAUUGGACGAUUUAUUUUUCUGGUACUUGGGAAUAUCUGCAUUCAACUCUCUCCAUCAUUGAGCAUUCCACUGAUGGAGAAUGACUUAGAACUUGAGACAACUCCAUCUUUUAGGGUAUCUCAGGCAGAGACUGGUAGUGGCUCCCGAACUGUUCUGUGGAUUGAGCCUGUUCAUUUACUUCGCCCUCCAGUAGUUUCUGCCGUCAAUGAACAGUCUAGCACUGAUGUUCAUGGCAUGAUUUUGGAAAACUGCCUGCGAGAUGUACAAUCAUCAUGGAAAAUGGUUAGCGAGGAAGUAGAGGGGAAUCAAAUGGUUCAGCCUUUUUUCCUGUUUGAAUUGAGAGAAAAUUUUAUCAAUCCAACUUCUGAUGGGGCAGUUGAUGGCCUUUUACGAUGUAUCGCGGCUUUGGGGAAGUUGAACAUUGACUUGGAUUAUGAAUCCACUGUCUCCUUUAUUCAGCUGUUUGGACAGAUUCUUGGUUCUUUUCAAUGGAUGGCUAACGCCAGUAAACCUCAUUUUCCUCCAAAUUCUUUCACGACUACGGAGGAAAUGCAAACGAAUUUGGAGGGACAGUUGCAGUUAUGUGACUCAAGGUUGAAGACGACAAUGCUGAAAAUGAUGCCAUUGAAGAACAUUCAAGUUGGAGCUAUGGUUUCUGGAUGUAACGUCAAAAUAUCAUUUCAUGGCUUUAGGGAACAAGAUCCCACUUAUGUGUGGUCUUCUUUUUCAACUGAUCUCAACGGUAUUGAACUUUCUGUCUGGCCAGCUUCCAUAGCCAAAUUAUUAGAAAUGUAUCCAGGGUUGGGAGUCAAAGCACCUCGUGGGGACUUCCUUUGGUUGAAGGAACCCCAGGUAUUAGAUAUCUCAGAGGGUUGUCUAGAUGAAAAUUUUAUCGCUCAAGGCAGGAUUUCACAUAACACUUACAUGAGUUUCUCCGUUGCUGCUUCAUUUGAAAACUUACAAGAUAAUCAGAAAUCUCAGGCUAUUGGACCAAUCUCACUGAAUAUCAAUGCCUCAACGUGCAGGUGAUAUUCUUAAACAUGUGGCUCAGCUGUUUCCUUUGAAUGAUUUUUUUAAAACAAGUGCUCAUUCUUCUUUCUCGUGAUCUCCUGGAAAAAAUCCAAUAUAAAACCUGCAUUUAUUCUUUAGUGUUUCCCCUAUUUUUCAUUCUUUCACAAUUGGCAGAUCAAGACAUGUCCAACUGAGGAUAGAAAUUCUCUCUUGUCCUGUCUUAGUGAGCUGAACGGACAUAACUUUCCACAGAGAUACAUCGCUGUCACUCUGUAUCCUUUUACAUUCCGUGGGGUAUCUUCCUGCUUCAAUGUUAUUCUUGUUAUGGUUGAGGAUAAACUUUGCAUAAUUCGAUGUUAUGCAGCUUUGACCUAGGUGAACACUGACCUGAUUGCUGGAUUGUUACCAAGAGAAUUAAUAACAUAUCCUACCUAUCAAGGGCAGGCCAAGGCCAAUUAUAAACAAAGUGUGAGAGUUUGGAGGUCUCUAAAUUGCAAUACAUAGAAAUUCGUGGCAGAAUUUCAAAUAUGGGCGUAACUUUUUACCAUUUGAGAAGAAACCAGAUGCGACAUAUACACAUCAAGAUUUAAGGUCUUCCCCCUCACUUGAGGAAGGAAGAAGAUUUUAGGGUUGUAAAAGACCAGAAAAGCAGUAACAGUAUCAACGAUAUUUAAGGAUCAGUGAAUUGGUGUUUGAAGAAGGAAUUCUAUUGAAAAUGACUGGAAGGCAUGGAGUUGUUUGAACCAUCCACCGAUGGGUAUCUAGGGCGACACAUGAGGCAGAAUAACCUUCAGAAAGGCUGAGGAUACCUGAGUUGGAAUUAUAGAUGUAAAGUUUGAAGAAAAAAUAAAUGUGCUGGUUAUGUCUAAUGACCUAUUGUAACUACAAAAAUCUGAACAUCCAAACAUGAGGUUGGUUGACAGCUGUUGACUGAGUUCUGAAUGUUUGAACUUCUCUGUUUUUAAUUUGGAUACUGAUGACCACCCAAGGAAUUAGAAAAUGGUCUUUUAAAGAAGUUAACACAGUUGAUUUUCCUUCUUCAGCUUAGGAGAGAAAAACCCCUACUUUUACUGAUGAACACAAGGUCUAAAAGACUCACGACUUGAGAUAGAAUAAGCAUUAUCUAGUUAUUCUCAAGGAUUCUUUUAUUCAAUGUCGAAGGACGGGGAUAGUGCAUUAUUGUUGAUUGUGUUAUCAUUCCAGAUAGAGAAUAUCAGCAUUUGGGAUCCCAUGAAGUAAUUGGGGGAUAGCUGAUGAUCUUCUGGAAGUCAUCCAGCUCUGCCCUCCUACAGUCUGACGUGUGAAGGGCCCUUCCUGUGGUUUGUAGGCCAUUUUUGUGUGAAAAGAAGUGGGAAGUUUGAUUUUUCUUUGUGAACUAUGUCUUAGAUCGCGAAAUCAAUUGGUCAUCCAUUGAAUAAGUAGAUUGCAGCGGCAUAUCUACAUAUCUCUCGAUUUCCUUUUGUAGGCAAGAAAAUCCAGAUCUGCAGUACCACCUUUCCCUAGAGGGAUGUUCUUAGUGCUAUCCUCAAUCUCUUUUCUUAGUAGUCAAGGUUAGGUUUGUGGUCCUUUUCUGUUAUCUGGAAUUUUAGUUUACCCAAGUCUCUAAUUUGAUUCUAUGAAAGAGCCGAUGUUGUGUGAAUCUUCCAGACAUCUAUUUUUAUUGAAUUUGUUUGGCAAUGGAUGUGUGCUGAAAAAAAUAAUGUUUAUUCGUGAAAAUAUUUAAAAGGUAAUUUUGGACAUUUUUUUAUUUUCACUACUCUCAUGUGCUAUACACGAUGAUAUGAACACAAGAGACUAACACAAAGUUCUCUUUAAAACGCUACUACUGACCUUUCUACUGUGAAUACUUCAUCUACCUGGAAUUCAUCCAAAAAUGUUUCUCCAUAUAUUUGCUUAGGUCUGCUUCGUUGGAAAACAUAAGCACAAGGAGAAUGACCUAUAUCAUGGAGGACAGAGGGAAGAACAGCAGACAACUGUCUCACUCUUCAUUCCCCUUUAGCACCUCUUAUGCAAGGACGAACCUUAAACAGUUGUCUCAAAAUACCCUCAGUCUCUUACAAUAUUUCCUUACAGCCAAACGUGGGAUAGAAGAAGAUGGGGCGGAUGUCGAACUAAUGUAGCAUAGAGGAAGAUGGACUGAGGAGGAUGGAAGAUGACCCUAGAUGCCAAACGUACGUCAGACAAAGGACGACACUAGAGGGAGAAGGGACCACCAGACAAGGACGCUGGUGCUGGAUGUCACAAGAUGGAGGAUAGAUACUGGACUGUGACAACACUUGACAUAUGACUACAUAGGAAUGAUAGCCUCUUGACAAGGGGCUUGAUGCAGAUAGAAACGAUGCCAAUGGACUUGAAGAUGUUGUUGACGAACCUGUUGUUGAUGAACUUGGAUAUACUAACGAAUGGCAGAUGAAGAUUACUCUAGAAGACACGAAAUAGAGCAAGACCAGUGCUGUGUUGUUGUAGAAUUGCCUCACCGGCAGAGGAUCAGGUUGGAAGAGGGAUAAGAUGUCAAAGAGGGGAUGACGCCAGAGUGCUAGCAGAGAUGACAAUGAUGGUGGUGGUGACUUGUGGCUCCAACAAGAAGAAAAACUUGUUGUCCUUGGACUAGAGGAUUGACGGAAGUAGGACCCACUCUAAAUGGCAGAAAGAAAACCUACUUGAAAUGGUAGGAUAACACACCUAUGAAUGGUGAAAAGGUCAUAUGCCCUCAAAUUGCAAAAGAAGAACAUCAUGAUGAAACACUAGCAGAACGAACCUGCCCUGAUACCAUGUUAGAAAACAUAGAUAUAGGGAGAAUGACUUCUGCCAUGGAGGACAAAGGAGAGAAUGGCAGAAACUGCUCCACUCUUCAUUUACCUCUAACACCCCUUAUCUAGGGAGGAACCCUAGACAAAUGUUUCAAAAUACGCUCAGUCUUUUAUAGUAUUUACUUACAACCUAGAACUUCUAACAUAUGUCAAGUAUAAAGCAAUCAGAACUACUAUGAUGCUCAUCAAAAACCUUUUGUCCAUAUAUUAUGCUAUUUUACUUUGAAUUCUAAAGAGAACAGAAUAACUAAUGUACUUUUUUGUGAUUUAUAUUACGUGGUUUUUCUUUCAAUUCGGGAAAUGUAUUCCCAUCAAUGUUAAAACAAUGUCUAAACAGGCAAUACUUGAUAUAUGGAAUCAUUGAUUCUAGCCAACUUUAUUUUCUUGAAAUUCCUCAUUAGUCAGAAAUUCCAUAUUUUAAGAAAUAGGAUUUUUUUGUAUGAUUAACCUUUGAAAAUCGAUAGUUCUGAUUUAAUAUUUUAUGAUUGAAAUGUUUAUAGCCCUUGCUGGAUUCAUUUUCUGCGGCAGCCAAUUGUGGCAUUGAUUUUCUUGUUCUAAAAAGAACUGUUACCGAUUUGAACCUUCAGAUUUGUAGAUGCACAUUCCUCAAGGUUUUUUUUUGUACAUGUUGGGUGCCUCUUUUUUAGUCUAAUUCAAUGUUGCCCUAAUCUUGAACUCUUAACAAGCCUUGCAUUCACUUUUUCUACUAUUAAUAAUGCCUGAAUGAUUUCUUUGUUCCAGGCACUACCUACAUUCUUUCUAUUCAAGUGAUAAUGCAUGCUCAUUGUCCUUAAGUGGGACGACUGGAAAGACUGAUGUGUUCCUCUACCUGGAUGAGCUGUGGACUCUCUUCCAGGUGUUAAUAGAUUCUUUUGUGUCUUGCCCAUGAAUUUAUCUCUAAUGUGUACAUUGAAUUUGAACAUUUUCAAAAUAAAUGGCAAAAUGCUCUUUCUUUUUAGGUGCUUUUUUUGCUGGUUAUAUUUUCUUUUUGCUGGUUUAUACGUCUCCCUUAAUUUGGUUUCUAUGCUAUUUGGAAGAUCUCCUGCCAGAGUGAGGUGAUAAUAAAUAUAAUUAUUUUUAUUGAAAAGUAUUAGAGUUGUCAUCCUACAGUCUUGCCAUAUUUUUUGAAGAAAAGGAGACGGUACUUGUAUGUAAUUUAUUCUCAUUCAAGUUAUCAUGCAUACUGUAUGUUAACUGGAUUUUAUCAUUGUGUGUGAAUCGAUGGAGAAUAGCUGACGAUAACAAUAGACAUUUCACAUUAUCUUAUGUACAGUAUUCAAAACGAAUUUCAAUGGUAUCAGUUGCAGACGUGACAAAAAAGGAGUUUUUUAAUAAAUGGAUUUUUAAAAUCUGUCUAUCUAAUAUUUAUCAGUAACUUCUUCAAGUGAGGGUACUUUCCUUUCAACUGCAUGAUUUGACCAAUCCUGGAAGUAAUCCUGUAUUCCCCAUCCCUACCAUUCUAAUUGCCACCCCCUCCCGCACAGUCACACACCAGAAAGUCCAAGAAACGUUCAAAUUUAAUCCAAACUAUUGCAUGCUUUUUGAAUUGUGCCGCUCUUGCAUUUUGUUUGAUAUUAUCGAUUAUCAAAUUUCAAACUACUUAUUCUGACGAGUACUUGCUCUUUUUUAGGUUUUUGGAGACGCAAUUUUGACAAAAUCAAGAAACUCUGUUGAUUUUGAUUAUGCCAUCGUGUCUAGUUCUCGAGAAUAUAUCAGGAGGUUAAUAUCUGAGAGAAAGGAUGCCAUGAGAGGUCAAACUGCGAUUCGGUCAAAAGAUAACAUCUUGCUUUUGAGUACACAAUUUACAAUUAACGCUUGUUUUGAAUCGGAUUCUGUUAACGUGAUUUUAAAUAAUUCAAGGAAAAAUCAUUCCACCUUGACGAGGACAGGUGGUGCAUCCAGCAGCACCACUUUAUCUCACGGCCAAUAUUUGCUUAAUUUACCAGAUGUUAAUUGGGGAAUUUUUCUUCCAAAAUCUUUCAUCCAGAUUUCCUGUGAAGAAAGGAAAUUGAAACUGCUGAUGAACUUUUCAGAUAUUCGCUCAGCUGUGUUUAAGCCUGAAUAUGAUAUGGAUACAUUUAACGAUGCACUGAUGAUAAAUCAUUUUUGUCAUCGUUCAAGACCCCUUUGUGAAUUUUAUCUUCCUUAUAUCAUUCUUAAUUUAUCAGCUGGCUAUGGUGAAGAUUUUCUGUCUUUGACUAGCGGAAAUACUGCUGCUGGUUCAACUUUUAAUUCUACAGUGCCAGUUGGAGGGGAACCUUUUUUCCCUGUUGGUAGCAAAAGUUCAUUGGUUCAGUCACAUGGUUCCGCCCAGAGAUAUCCUUCCACCAGUAUUUCAGUUCCACAGUCAGGUUUUUGUUUUAUGACUGAGAUCGAGCUUGGAAAAGCUUUUUUGGCAGAUUGGACCAUGAAAAAUCUUUUAGCCGACCAUCUGUGCAGUGGGCUUCGGGUACUAACAUCAAGUACUGGAGAACUUCAUGCUAUCCACUUUGAAAGCCAGGUGCUGAAAGUGUAUUUGAGUAAAAAUUACAUUUAUAACGCGUAAUAAUUUUUUUUACUCUUUUUUGCUUGUUUGGUGACCGAUUAUCUUGUUUGUGUGAUAUUUCCUUCCAAUAUUUAACGAUUGGUGAUAAUCUGCUCACUAGAGUGCUCCAAUCGGCUUACUCUCUUAACUUUCUGUUACAUUCAUUCUGUUGAUGAUAUUUUACAAUGCCUUAGAGAUUGUAAUAAUUUCUACCCCGGUGUAUGUAGAUUCAUAUGAUUGACACUUCCUCUUAGUCUUAAGAAUGUUGCUUGAUUUCCUUCGUAAUUCUUUCAUGUGCGUGGCAACAUAUAUGUCUCACUAAUAAGUUUACCUUCCUCGGCUCUGGAACUAUUUUUAAGAUUUACUGGUCCCUUUUAAGGUCAACUGACUAUAUUAGUAACUGUACACUAAUGUAUUCAGUGGCACAUAGCACCAUAGUUCAUGACCUGUCAUCAGAAUUGGAAUAUUUUCUCGUGUGCCAAUUGUGUUCAUUGGAAUUUGAUAAUCGAUGCCUGAAUUCAGUUGGUCAGAUUAUAUUUUAUAGUCGUAGUUAUGACUGUUGAUCAUGCUCAAGAGGUUGAGCAUAUAAUUUGAGUAAGCUUGACUAUCACACAACACAUCAGCAUACAAAUGAUUCAAAGUUUUUACCUGUCAAAGUUCUAUUCUUCUAUUAAAAAUUUAGUGCUGCAUUAUUUUCAUAGACUGUUCUGUAAUUAUAAACAUUUUGGUAUUUGUUUGGACAGGGCGGUUGCUUUUUCCUAGAGAUGCCAACACUGGUCAUGUUCAUUCAAACUGUAAGUGCAUAUUUUCUUUACCUAACAAGCCUUCAAACAUGGGCUACUGAAUCAUCAAUAAAAUCGAAUGAACAAGAUGAAGCUAUAAUGGUUCUUGAUGAGCGUGUGAUUGGACCAAGAAACCAUCAUGGCCAGGAGAACACCAGAGCCAUACGCCCAACACUAUUAUCAACAUCAAGCAAAUGGUGGUUUUUCAAGUUCCUUGAUUUGAACGUGUCUCAAUUUUCUCUCAUAUUUGCCGUCAGUGAUGGUUCUGGUAAAAGAAAAUCUCCUCUUGUUUGGUUAAUUUCGCGAAGAGUUCAGUACACUUAUUGUAUUACGUUUUUAUCUUCUAGGUGGGGUGCAGUAUCUCACAGUGGAAGUUGAUCUGUAUCUUAGGUUUUCAAGCAUAGAAAGGAACUUGUCACUUAAUCUUCUGAAUUUGAAUGUGUUCUCCAUGCAUCUGCCUAAUAACAGUCCAUCUCAGAGACUGACUGGUUACACUCCUUUUGGCUCAAGAAUCUCCACUGAGCUGCCGACUGAUAUUAGACACAGUUCCACCGUGGGUCUCUCAUCAAGCACUGAUAUAGUAGAAUCUUUAGCUCCAAUUUCUGAGAGAGAAAUUACUUUGGACGGUGGGGCUUCUAGAUUGCCUCCCAUGUACCAUCCAAGUUAUAUAUUAAAAGAUUUGUCUGCUUCUAUCGUUGUGGAGAAAACAACUUUGAACAGUAAUGUGCCAUCUUUGUAUUUUACGAGUGAUUGGGUUGGCAGUGGUUCCGUCUCUGGCUUCAAUUUAACAAUCACACUCUCCGAGAUUCAGGUGAAUUUUAUUUUCUUGAUUUUGACAGAACAGAUAGAUGGUUCAGAUAAAUGUUCAAUUUUAUACUUUGGAUAAUUUUCUGUAUAUCUUUCGAUGUAGAUGCUUAUGAAUCUCAUUGAACCUUUAUCUGGAAUCUCAAGUGCAAAGUCUGGAAAAAUCUUUAAGCGGACGGUUGGCUUGCAGACCCAAGGAUGGACCAAUGAUUCAAAUUUUACGGUUCCUGAUGGUAUUUUCUUUCCCAUUCUGUUGCAUUUUUUCAAUUCCUGAUGCACAUUGGAAAAUUUCUUUGUGACGGACAACUUUAUUUCAUUAUUUGAAUAGGUGCAAUUGUGGCAAUCCAAGAUCUUCAUCAACACCUAUACUUUGCCAUUGAAAGUGUUGGAGUGACGAACAAUGUGAUCGGUACACUUCAUUAUUCUCUUGUGGGAGAACGGGCACUUUUUAGGGUAUGUGGGUGUUUUCUCCUUUAGAUUUAGUUGAUCCUCAGGCAAGGGGUUCGGGAUUUUUUCAUGGAAGGCCUAAGGAUGUAUGUUAAUAUCUCAUGUUUGUCCAUUUUGGUUCAUUUUCAUUGCUCUGCGAUAUAGCGUGUGCUGCAGAAUGUUAGGGACUUAAUAGGACAAUUGUGGUCACAAUUUUCGUGUAUCCUAUUGUUUCUGUCUUAUCAUUUAUAUCUAUGUAAAUUAUCCCUUUUCCAGAUUAUUAUCAAACGAAAAUGUUAUAUUUUCUUUUGGGAUUCCAGAUUCUAAAAAGUUACUUGAUGGGAGUCAAUUCUGAUCUGGACCUGGAUUGGCAACGUCCAAUCUGGGUGGGCCAUUCAAACUCAGGUCUACCAGUCUGCUAGCAAUCCAGUGUGGUCUGGCUGGACGAGGAUUAAGAGGCUCGGAUUUUCAGAUUUUGCCUGGUCUUGUCCAGGGCUGUUCUCGACCUCCAAAGUUGUAUAUUGGGUUGCGAUAUUACCAGUUCUUACCGAUUCUUGAACUGAGUAGUGACGAGAGAUAUUUACUUCAUUGAAAAAUUAUGUUAUUACCUCCUGAGACGAACAAAUGGCAGACCAGUAUCUCAUUUAAAUGCUUUCCUAGAGAUAGAUAAGAAGAUCUAGCCUUGGCUUCAGCAUUAUGGUUGUUACUGCUUGAAAGCAUUAUGGAGCAGUAACAUCCCUGCUCCACCCUCACCCUUUGAACAUUAUUAUCCUAUCAAUAACAUCCUUGUAGCCACCCGUACUAGUUUGGAAAUUACAGUUGGAGAUGUUAUUUGCAACUUCCUUCUGACACCAUGCUUGUUCUUUAUGAAAUGUUUCUAUCAUUCAUUAACUUAAAAAUUGCAUUCUAUAAACGCCCUCCAACUAGUCUUGGGACUCAGGAUACUGAACUUUUCUUCUAGUGAUACUCCAUUUGAAUUUUUAAAUAAACCUUAUUCUCCAUGCUUGUGGUUUUUUGUGUUCUGAAUCAUGCAUAUUUCUACUAGCUUGGACUUAAAUCUAUUCUGGCCCUUGAUGAGAAAGCUAUGCCCAUGUAAUGACGUUUGUGCAUGUGGUGUAUUCCUUUGUCCCGUACUAUUCACUUUCAAGAAGCAAUAUCAUAUUAAUGCUUAUUCCUUUGGCACCGUGUGUUUAUGACGGUUUCAUUGGCAUAUCAGGUGAACUGGCAUAAGGGAAAGGCAUCACUGUUUUCUUUGACAUCAUUGCAUGCCAAAGAAAUUGGUGGUGAACCACUCUGCUUGAAUUACAGUCCAGGAUCAGGGUUUGUUGAAAUUUCUAAAAGAGACAAAGGAUAUGCUCUUUGGAAGGUCGUUCCUUACAAGGCUGAAAAUUAUGGGGACGAUGAUGAUGUGGAAUUUUCUAGUUAUUGUAUGUCUUCCAGGAAAGCGUUUUACCUCGUUAACCACAAGAAUAACUCUGGAGUUUCUUUUGUUGACGGAUUUCCUGAGUUUGUAAAGAAUCCAGGCAGUCCAUUUAAGAUGAAGGUGCUUCAUGAACUUAAUCGAGUAUGUGAUGCUGUGGAGAGAAACUUUCCUCGUUCUCAUAUUGUUGGGCCUGAUGACUCAAAUAGUCAAGGGCAGGGAUCCUGUGAUGAUGAAAGCAGAUAUCUAGAAGGUGCCAGUCUCUUGCACAUAAGCAUCAAAAUUGAGAGAAUUUCCAUCACAAUGUUCCAUGAAAUUUCAGACGCAGAUGACAAAUUUCCUCUUGUUCGUUGCCGCAUUGGUGACGUGGAUAUCAUUGGACAGAUCUUGCCUUCUAAAUUUAGACUUAUCUGCACGUAUUUUAUUGCAAUGGAUUAUUUUAAUGCAAAAAUGAACAGUUGGUCAGUAUUGAAAUAUUUUUCUAUAUCCUGAUUUUGUUGUUUUACCUUCUCACUCCCCCAGCCCCCUGACUCACCAAAUUUGUCUCUAUUUCUGUUUCUGUGCGUUAAUGUUUAUGUUUUAUUUGACUUGUAGGAGACAAAUGAUUUCCCCAGUAGAUUCCUGUAUGUUCCUUCAUUCUAGACUUACUGCUAAAGAUUCGAAAGAUUUCCAGAAGGGAACUCCUGCGCAUUACUAUUUUAGAAUAAAGCAGGUCAGAGAAUCUGUAUCCGUAGUUUCUUGCAUAGAACGUCACAUCUUUCGCCUAGUAUAACAAAAUAUUACAUGAAGAUAACUUUAAAUAUUAUUUCUUAUUCCAAUGACAGAUGGACAUAUCGUUAACAGAACUUUCGUUGGACAUUCUUCUUUUUAUUUAUGGGAGACUAAGUGUUACUGGAUCUUACACGCUGAGAAGCUCAAUAUUUUGUAAUUGCUGCAAGGUCAGUAUUAGAAGUAAAGUAACUAUGUUUUUCCUCAUAUAUAUAUUUUUUUCACUUGUUCUUGUUACAUAUAAAGAGCAUUAGGAAAGCUGGAGAGCAUACCUCUCCUUUGGUAUUGUUCUCUGUGUGUAUGUGUGUGGUCAAAGAAUGCUGAACAAGAGAAAAAAUGUACAAUAAGACCAUACAUGAAUGUGCUAUCCUCUCCCCCAUAAUCGCGCAAGAUCAUAUACCAAGAGUCUAUCAUCUGGACUUUUGAAGCACUUGUACGAGACUUGAUGAACGAGUCUGCUGGCUGGUCGUCAGAAGAAAUACGAGGAAAAGACGAAGUAUUGGAGAGUUUCAGUCGGUGGAUGUGAUGAUAAUCAAUCUCUUUAUGGUUACUUUCCUCAUGGAAGAGCAAUUCGAUUGUGAGAAAUAGCAGCUUUAGAUCUGAAGAAACUGCACCGAAAUCAUUUGAAGAAUGUACCAAAAUACCUCAACAAGUGUGUCAGUCAUAUCAUGGUACUCACCCCAAUGUGGAAAUAAGAGAACAGUAUGCUUCUUGCUCCAAUAGAUUAAUGACGAGCUUAGAAAGAUCCAAAUGCGUAUAGUGAAGUACUUUCAAGUAGGAUCACUAGUUUAAUAAAUGUCGGUAUUUGCAUAAGUCUAGCAAGUUGUAGGAGAUGAUAUAAAGGACCAUUCAAAGGUGCUAGAGAGAUACUGA